ACUUCUCCCAGUGAGAGAGAAACUGUGUUUGUGACCACAGAGGGCUGCUUCUGGUCAGACGCAGAUAUGUGUGAAAGAGCAGUCAGAGAGAGAGAGAGAGAGAGAGAGUGUGUUCCAGAUGACAUACACACCUCUCAGUGUUCAGCGUUCCUGCUUCAUCUUCUGAUGUGUUGAGGUCACCCCGUCCGUGCCCUGUGGAUAUGCGACUCAUCCUUCAGACAAUUCGUGGGUUUUAAUCUUGAGUGGAGUGAUGACUAAAACAGAAGAACACUCAGAAAUGACGGUUCGUUGGCAAAGGAGCUGAAGACUACCGCGAGAUCAAAUUGAGGAAACUACUUUUAGCUUUAAAGAAUCUUUAAGUGCUCAGGAGAAAGACUGAAAAUGAACCCGGUUCAGAAAGACAUGGAGCUGUUGAGUAACAGCAUGGCUACUUACGCUCAUAUCAAAGCAAACACAGAGAGCUUUGCGCUGUACUUCAUGUUUGGUGUAUGUUCUGGUCUUCUGGUGGCCCUGGUUCUUCUCAUACUGGGCAUCACCUGCAGGCCACGUUCAAAGGCAAAGACCCCCUCCCUACUCGACAAAAGACCCCUUAAAGAAUCCAACGAGGAGGAGGAAGAAAAGGAAGACAGUGAAGUAGACGCUGAGGACUUAGAGGUCCUGACGGUCACAGUGAGCGAUCAGAACCACCUGAACGGGACUAUUAAAAGCAUCAACGUCUUUACGUCUGCAGAGGAGCUGGAGAGAGCCAGGAGACUGGAGGAGAGAGAGAGAAUCGUGAGGGAGAUCUGGAGGAACGGACAGCCUGAUGUUCUGUUCACUGGAACAGGCACGCUCGGUCGAGUACACUACAUUUAGUGCAUACUCUUUCUCCUGAAAGACACUUUGAAAUACCGCUGAAGAUUUGUUGACUAAAUUCUAAUUUAAAUGUUCAUUUGAAUGAUGGAGUUUGUAAUUUCAUUUGCAUUUGAGGUUUUUGUGGUUGGAUUUUUAAAGUGCAUUUUAGGAUCCGCUAAUUUCUAUUUGAAGUGCUUUUGUAUACUUUGCUUUUAUAUAAAGCAUUUUUUUAUCUAGAUAUAUGCACAGAAAACUUAGUGAUAUUUCACCGCAAAAUAAAAAAUGUCAUUUAUU